CAGGAGGAUGGUGAACAAGGCUCAGCAGAGCAGGCGAGGCUGGGAUCGGGCUGUUGAGAAAUAAUGGUGAGAUCUUGUUUUUGGGAAGGCUCGAAUCAUUCGCCUUCUGUUUCUGCCCCUCCCAGCUCUCCAACAGGAAAGUGGGUCAUCUCCAAUAACAUGUAACUUGCAACUGGUCCCGGACACUGAAGGUACAUGUGAGAGAGGGUGGGGAGAGGUCUGCAGACCCGCCCCCUCUAUCCCUCCCUCAGUGAGUAAGCUCUCUGCCCAGAAAUAGAGCCAGCUGCAGUAUAAAGCUGUGAGCUCCUCACUGACUGCGAAUCACUUACAGUGCAGUAGCGGUACAGCUCACUGCUUAAACAAGAGGGACAAAGGACAUUCGCUUAUUGUCUUUUUAAAAAAGCGCUCAGUGGUGAGCCCGGCCUUUGCUAUGAAAUACUAUUCGGCAGUUUCCAGGUACGCGGUACCAGCGAGCAGCCUGAAGCCGCCUGCUCGCACCGUCCACUUCCCCAAUGAUAUUGUCUUCCUGGAUCAUAUCCGCCAGGGUGACCUAGAACAAAUUGGGCGCUUCAUCAGAGCCGGGAAGGUGAAACUGGACACCUUGUACCUGACUGGAAUGGCAGCGCUACAUGAAGCGGUCCUGUCUGGAAAUUUGGAAUGUGUGAAACUGCUGAUCAAAUAUGGGGCUGACAUACAGCAGAAAGAUGAGAAUGGGUGGACUCCGCUGCACAUGAGCUGCAGUGAUGGGCAUUUGGAAAUUGCAAAGUACCUGUUGUCCCAGGGAGCCAGAGUGAACGUGGCGAAUGAUGAUGGGGAGCUGCCCAAGGACCUUAUUGACCCUGAAGAUGUCAAACUGCGGGCACUGUUUGAGCUCAGGGAUGGCUGAGAACACCCCUUGAUCUGGGCAUAUUUGACUACCACACAACACACCGUGACUAGCACCAAGAAUGGAACCAGUCUUCAGUCUGUGAUUCUAGACAGAAAGUGCCAGUGUCAGCCAGGAGCCAUUUGUGAGCUGCAGAUGUAGGAUGAGAUUUGCACAAUUUGCUCAGUCAUCUGCAUAAUUGCUUGAGCUCAUUUCCUUUUGAAUUUUGGCUCUAUGAAUAUCAUUGCUUCCAGUCGUUUUGAACAAAGCUCUCAACAGGGUUAACUGAUGAGUUUAAAGAAUUUCCCAUUUCUGCUGCCAGCUCUCUCGAUGUCACAAUUUCAGGCUUUCAAUGAUCGUGUUUAGCACUGCCACUUCUGCCAGCCACUGUAAUGAACUGAAGAAUAACAAGUCUUACAUACAAUAGUGUCUUAAUUUGCUGUGAUUCCUUGCUUCUCCCCCUUGUUUCCUACAGAUCCAGAGUCUCCAUUGACUUGCAUCUAACUAUCAUUGUAAUUAAUGCCACUUAGGAAAAAGCCCAAUACUUAUGUAGGUGUAAAAUUUUAAAACUGAGGUGAACAACGUUUGCUAUAUUUUAAAUACCAAAGUUACCAGAGAUAGGUAGUUAACGACCUCUUUAACAAAGCUUCCAGUUAUCUUUCCUAAUACAUCCUUGUUUGACUUGGUGUCAACAUUUUUUCUCUAAUUUAUGCACUUCGGGAUGUUGUAUUGUGUUAAAUUUGUUGUAUAGAUGCAAGUUUUUGUUAAAAUAUGUACUGGACCAUGUUUUGUAUAUUUAUU